GACAUUUUCAAACUUGUAAACAAAACACGACAACGUGACUGGAAGAGGGAAAUGCCGAGUCUGAAGUCUAUCAUUUAAUUAUCGUAUUUUCCCCUUUAUUGAAUUAAGACAAACCUCUCGAAAUGGCACCACAGAACCAGAAGAAAAAAGGAAAGCCGAUGAAGGCUUUAAAUAGACAGACAAAAGUCCAUAUUAAGUUUGAUCCGUCAGACAGAAGGAAAUAUCUGAAGGGAUUCCACAAGAGGAAGGAGGAGCGUCGGAAGGUGGCCCAAAAGCAGCUGGAAGUGGCCAUGAAGAAGGAGAAGAGGGACAUUAGAAAAGACCGCCGAGAACUGAUAGAGAAACUCAUCACCUACAAUGAGCACAUGCUUCACGAUGACAAGAAUGACAAGAAGGAGGAGGAGGAACCAGAGGAGGAGGAGGAGGAGAAGGAAGAGAAAGUGACAACCACCUGCGGCAAUGCUACCGUGGAAAUCAGCUCCAUAGACCUGUCCUCUGCUAACUUCUUCGUAAACCCGCUGGAUGCAAUGAAGAACCAGAUGAAGAGUACAAAUUUAGGGAAAGAAUCUGAGGACAAUACCGACAGUCAACCCCCAGAGGAUGAAAGCACACCCCAGGAGAGGCUACUUGAACUUGGGGUGUACAGCCAAAAGGACCUGAACAAGUCGAUCAAACGGACAGCCUUCCGCGCCCAGCAGAAAAGCCGGCUGAUGCAGCAGAAGGAGAAGACCUUAGCGCGAGGGCAGCAGAAGAAGCAGGCCAAGGUGCGGGCCAAGCUCAAGGCGAAGUUGGAGCGGCCUAACAAGAACAAGGGCCGCAGACACUGUCGAUAAUGAGGAAGGGGGUGGGAGGGCUCGGUCAUGAACUUUCAUGGUGAAGGGGAAGUUCUUUUUUAUUACAUU